CCUCUCCUCCGAGUGUUUGUGCGUCUCAGCAGCAGGUGGGGAAGCCAACUUGCCCUCUUUUCUCCUCCUCCUCCGUGCUCAGAUACACAAGGACGCCGGUCGGCUCGCUCUUUUGUUCGGACUUCAUGUCUGUUUUCUUCCCCAUUCACUGCCCUGAUUAUUUGAGAUCAGCUGACAUGACUGAGGUGAUGAGUGCUCCAUCUAUGGAUGAGAUUGGUUUAAGCCCCCGCAAAGAUGGCCUAUCCUAUCAGAUUUUCCCUGACCCUUCCGACUUUGAUCGUUACUGUAAGCUGAAGGACCGCCUGCCUUCGAUUGUGGUGGAGCCAACAGAUGGGGACGUGGAGAGUGGAGAGUUAAGAUGGCCACCUGAGGAGUUCCUGGUUCAGGAUGAAGAGGAAGAAAAUUGUGACGAAGCAAAGCAAGAGAACAAGGAGCAAUAAAUGGCACAGACAACCCAUCUGUACUACUUAAGAUGCAAACCAUCUUGAGGGAGGAGAACAACUGUUCUGGGAGGUCUUUUUCUACAAAAGACAUUCAAUCUUGCACCUGCAAGAACUUAGUUUUUUCAUACUCUCAACUGAGAACUGAAGUGCUUGAUGUGACAAUCUCCAGAUGAAACUAAUGAAGAAAGUUAGACAGAGAGAAGGGAUGGCUGCUCUUUUUUAAGAUUGCUGUUGAAUUACGUUGUGGUUAUCUGGGCAGUCGUAAAGUUACAGGUCGCUUUGGUGAAAGAAUAUAUGGGCAGGAAACACACUUUUUCUUUUUUUUGUUCUGAAGUGUGUGGAGCAGAGGAAAUGACUGCAAGGUGUAAAAAUGUAGCUGCAUUUAUGUAAGAAACUGCCACCGGCCACAAAAGUAUGAGACUAGUAUUCAUCUCUUGAAACUUUGCCUUCUUAUAAUGCUUCUGUUUUAAUGUGUGUGCACGUGUACAUAUGUGUUUGGGGAUGGGAGAUAUGGUAACAUGCCACUGACAUGCUCCAAUGAUAUCACCAGCAUAGAGGAGCAAUGGAUCAAUAAUCUUCCCCAGUUCAGCAUUUUCUAGAGCUGCAUACAAGUUGUCUUUUCUUUCUUUUCUCCCUCCCUGCCAUUUGUUCUUAAAAUAGGUAUUUUGGACUUGCAAUGUAGAAUAACAUUGUGUUGGCCCGGAACUGCUAAUGUUAUGUAACAGUCCUUUGCCACAUGUCUAGUCCUGUUCAUUCUACCCAUGAUCUAAAAAAAACAGCCAAAGUCCAACCUGAAGUGGGGAUGGGAGGAGAGUUUAAAAAGCUUCAAGAGAUUUUUGACAUGAAGAAUAAUUUGCCUAAGUUGCUUUUGAGAAUUAUGCAUUUGGUUCCUAUAAAACCCCAGCUUCUCCAGUGCUGGUAAGGUUGGUCUAGUCGUGGGCAAAGAUGGAUCAAGGACUCAUUUUUCAUUUCAAUCCAGAAGCCAGCCUGGUCCAAUGGUUUCUUACUUACAACUUUGGAAGUCAUUUAAAUAUAAGAUAGUACAAGUUAAAGGAAAGAGGGCCUUCUCUUCAAAAUAUAUAUUUUUAGAAAUUCCUUUCUCUCAGUACAGUAGAGAAGAUAACGUGCUUUUUUAACACGUGUGGAAUCUAUCAAUGGGUGUAGUGUUCUCAAGCCUAAAUUUCCAGGAAUGACCUUCCUUCCUUCCUUUUGCCCCAUUCUUCCUCUCUCAGGACAAGAACAACUUGCAGGAUAAGCUAAACUUGCAGAUUUCUAGGAAAGCACCAUCUGACUUUGGUGGAAGUCUUUGCUAUGACUUCAUAAUAUGACAGGACCACUCUGAGAAAUCAAAAGUAAUGACUUCCAUUUCAAUUCUGGAGACACUAAAAUGAUGUAAAGCAUAUGUCACAGCCUUAAUAGAUUAUUCAGAAAGUUUUCCCACACCCCUUGUUUAUUGGCUCAUUAUUAUUUUAAAGAAAAGUAUGGGGACUUUUAAGUGUAUAUACUUGUAUUUGAUACCUCAUGAGUAGUUUUUGAAAAAAAAUGCUGAUAAGGGAGUUAGAGGAAUUUGCUUGUUCAAAUCAGCAGGAUAUCUUCCUCCAGUCUUGUCUUGCUUGUGUUUUUAACAUAAUGGCAAUAACUUUUUAACAGCUGUGAGUCAUUGUUAUAUGUGGUUGUGAGGUUACAGACUUCUGCGUGAGUUUGUUUUUUAAAGUAUAAUGUAGGAAUAAUGUAGGAGUUGAGUGUUCUUGUGUGUUCUUUUGGCAGCCAAGAACUUGUCGCACAUGUACUACCUGUCUUGGUCUCACUGAAGUGUAUUUUGCAUCCUGAUCUAGCCAAGGUUGCUUGAAAACCAAUGGAUCCAGAUGUUUUAUGGUCUUGUAUCUUUGACAUCUGUUCUUGUCUUGCUGUUCAAUAGAAUGAAUUGCUAUUCCUGCACACCACCCUCUCAACCACCCUACUUCCUCCCCUUUGAAGAUUACUUUUCACUUUCUGAUUUUUUUUUUGUCCCAGGUUUGAAGUUGUCAAAUGUUAGCCACUUCGAAAAGCAAAAGUCCUUAAUGCUUAAGAGUGGAAAUGCUGUUUGUCUUUAAAUAUUUGCGUAUCCUUUUUUUGCCUCUUUUUUAAAACAAAAUGUUGCUUGUAUUUCUGUCACUUUUGAAUGUGGAAGAACAAAGCACUCCAAUUGAAUUUCUCCUGUUGUAUAUUACAUUCUAUAUUUCUGUAAAAAUUCUUUUUGGAGCCUCAGGGAAAAAAGCUAGCAUUUUUUCAAACUACUUUUGUCACUGUGACAGCUGUAAAUAAAGUUUGAAAAUGCUUUCCAAA